UCAAUGCGCAGCGCGUCGUCAAGCUCGGUGACUUCGGCAUGGCUCGACCCACGUUCGAGAACGACUACUAUCGCUUCAACCGGAAGGGUAUGCUGCCGGUGCGCUGGAUGGCACCGGAAUCGCUGGCGCUCGGUUAUUUCACGCCCGCAGCCGACGUGUGGUCGUACGGUGUGUUGCUGUACGAGAUCAUCACGUUCGGUUCGUUCCCAUUCCAGGGAAUGACCAACAAUCAGGUGCUGGAGCAUCUGAAGAACGGUAACACGCUCACGAUCCCGACCGGUGUCAAGCCGCAGCUCGAGGGGCUGAUGAAGGCAUGCUGGAACCGUGACCACAAGAAGCGACCAUCCGCCUCGGAGGUGGCCGAUUUCAUCUCAAACUAUCCGCGACUGCUCAACCCGUGCCUGGAUGUACCGCUCGCUUCGGUCGAGAUGGUCGACACGGAUAGCGAUCAGUUCGAGCUGCUGCCGGCGCUGCUUCGCUAUAAGGACGAUCAUCAGCAACAGCAGCAUCAACCGACGGCCGAUCUGCUCGUCGGUACGCAACCACUGAAUGACCUCAACAAUGGCUACAACAACGUCAGCAUCAUGGCCACCGGUGGUAACCAACAGCGACAACGUCCGCGAGCGAUUAAUCUGAACGAUCUGAACGUAGCAACGGACUUCACGACCGUCAACCCACUGCCACCGAUGGAUGAGGAAGAGUUUGACGAUGACACUCCUGGCCAACAUCGGGGCAACCAGCGUAGUGGCCCACGAGAUAUCGCACCCAGUGGCAGCAGCAACGGCCAGAGUUCGUACAUCGAACCGUUGCUGCAGCGCAACACCGAAGCUACCAAGAGCAACAACAGCCUACUACGGUACAUGCCAAUGUUUGGUUUUGGCAAGGGCAGAACACUAACCAUCGGAGGGACGACGAUCGUGACGGGUGCCGGUAGUGGCGGUACUGGUGUUGGCACUGUGCAGACCACCACCGCGAUUGGACCAAUCAUUGGACCGACUGGCCCACUGACCUCACCGACCCUGUCGCAAUCACCAACGGGAUCCAUUCUGGGCACCAGCGGCGGUACGAUGAUUGUGAACACGCGUAGCACUAGCACAACCGUCCUAUAGCCGGACCCAGCACAAGGGGCCAACUUCUGCUGGAUAGAAUGCAGCGGGAAUGGGAAAGCGAAAUGAAACCAAAAGCCCUUUUUUUUUACUUAGCCAACAAUCCUAGGCACUAACUCGGUGCAACUCCUAGCUGUGUAAGCCAAAUGAUUGGUUGAGAAACGAGGAAAAAGACACAAAAGCAACCAUCCCGCGUUUGUUUCGCACACCCUUUGAGGGGGAUGGUGCAUCGCAUAAAGCAUUUCACGCGUAUCGAAAUACAAUAUCACAGACCAGACCAGACCAGACCAAAUCAUUGGCAAAAAGAUUCUCGUUUGGCGCAAGUGCAAGUGGAAGACUGCGCCUAAAGAGACAGCCAAAAACCCCGCGAGACACUAAUCUCAAUAGUACAAACUAACUCAUACCGUCCAGAAUGAUAGGCGCCGCUCUCUGCGCCGCGAAGCAGAUGCAAAGCGACACUAGAUCCAUGAUCAAUAGAUUAGCAGCAGCAGCGGCAAUAGGAGCGACUAGUAAAGUGCAUAUUAUAAUUCUAAGCUUCCAGCUACCGUACUGGAACCGUUACCAAGGGGGCAUUGAUGGUUGCUGCGGUUUUAUCGGUUCAGCCAACCAAAAGAGAGAAACCUAAUAAUCUGACUUAGCCAAAUUUUAUUCCUAUACACACCAAGUACCAGACACACACCGGAAGAGGUGGUUAGGUGCGCACGUAAGGAGUCUCCUAGUAGUAGGCAAAAUACCGACGGUAAGACAUGUUCCUUUAUUGUCCUGCCUAGCGGACAAAGUGGAAGAACCGACAGUUCUUUUACGUAAACCAAGAAGAUCCUUUUAUAAUAUUUCAGAAGCUCUUCAGCUGGUUAUGCAGUGGAGUAUGGUAGAUUAUAAGAAAAAGCACGUUCGAUGGCGGAUAAUCAUUUAAAAGUGAUUACCGCGGUAGAGGUGGGAUUGACAUUUAAUUGGCAGGAUUCGAGACAAACGGCAAUAGAAGGCAAUAUAGAAGCAUUAGUACUGUACCCAGAGAAACAAAGAGAGAGUGCUCCUAGGUGCUUCCUUUGAAAAGCUCCAACACAGCCGACAAUUUUCGAAUACUGCCGCAACCAAACAGAGAGAGAGAGAGAGAGAGAGAGAGAAGGCGAUCCCGAGGCUCAUGAAGAAGGCUUUCGCAAUCUCAAAAGACUGAUUAGAAGAUAGGUGAUCCGUUGCGGAACCAGAGGAUCGGGGGUGGGUGGGCCUCCUUCGGGCCUACCACCUCUCUCCGUUUUUUAGCUAGCCUCAAUAUAGCGCAUUCGCUCAUGCAGAAAAACAAACUAAACUACAUUUAAUCCAACACUUUAUCAAAGUUCGAAGGAUGUGCAAGCAAAGGAUGGGUGAAGAGUAGUGAAUGUAGGAAAUGCAGUAGAUAGCAGCAAGCAGUGGAAGAGAACACUUUCCUUCAGACGAGGGUAAUUUAAUCAGCAUAAUUGUAUGCGCUAUAAUAGAGAAAUAUAAAUGCAUACAUACAUAUGUACAUUAUUGACAAAUAUUCUCUGAAUCUGAAUAAAUCAAAGAU